AUGGGGAGGAUGAAGAGGGAGUUGAUGUCAUUGGCACUAUGGAGGGGCGAAGAGGAGGCUGCCGAGGAGUUUUGGGACGCAAAGCUCAAAGUCACGAAGCAGCCUGGAGUCGAACCGGUGAUGCAUGUCCCUCGAAGAAAGAACAAUAAGCCCAAAUGCCACAACCUUGAAGAUGAUGAUUCCAUUGUCGAGGUUGACCCCCAGCUCUGCUACAGCUUUAGUGUAAUUAUCAGGAACUGGCCAUUUUGUGCUUUCCAGAGGGUGGCACAAAUCUUAAACAUACAGGGUAGAAUGCUUGUUAGUGUAUAUUACAGUAAAGUUUCUUCAAGGGUAUUCAGCAUUGACACCGUUGUGAAACCUCUUCUACUUGCCAUGCCGUAUAAUAUCUCCUGCAACUUGAGCUUCUUCACGCAGUUCCUUGAUCCAGAAAGCAUUAAAUCACUUGGGAUAGGACAGGAAGAAAAAGCUCGCCGUGUUCGAUGA